GCGGGAAAUGCUCACGGUUCAUUUCAAUUCUUGCAAAGUUGUUUGUUCUCAUUCAAUAAGAUUUGCCCUCAAAUAAAGUUUAAAAAUAUAAAUAAUUAAUAAACUAAUAAGCAUUGGACUUUAUCUAAUAUUUUAUUACUUUUCUUAUACAUUUACUUGUAAACAAUGGAAGGCUUCGAUGAGGCUGGAGUCUUUUUCUCCGACAAUUUCGGUGGCGAGCCACAAGAUGGAAAUCAAAUUAAUUUGCAAUCCCUGAAGAAAAAGUACAAAGAUUUCAUUCGCACAUUCAAUGAGGAAAAUUUCUUUUACAAAUACAGAGAUACACUAAAACGAAACUACUUGAAUGGACGUUACUUCCUCGAGGUUGAAAUCGAUGAUUUGGCUGGGUUUGAUGAAACUCUAGCUGAUAAACUAUACAAACAACCCACAGAGCACUUGCAAAUAUUCGAAGAAGCGGCUAGAGAAGUCGCCGAUGAGAUUACUGCUCCCCGUCCUGAGCAUGAAGAGCACGUCCAUGAUAUCCAAAUUUUGCUCUCGUCGACAGCAAAUCCCACCAACAUACGAGAACUUAAAUCGGACUGUGUUUCCAGAUUGAUCAAGAUCGGCGGAAUAAUCAUAUCUGCGUCGGGAAUCAAAGCCAAGGCCACAAGCAUGUCUAUCCAGUGCCGAUCGUGUGGCAACGUAAUUCCAAACUUAAAAGUGAAUCCCGGCUUGGAGGGAUACGCAAUGCCGCGAAAAUGCAACACCGAACAGGCCGGCAGGCCGAGAUGUCCCCUGGAUCCGUUUUUCAUCAUGCCCGAUAAGUGCAAAUGCGUUGACUUCCAAAUCUUGAAGCUACAAGAGUUGCCCGAUUUUGUUCCCCAGGGAGAGAUCCCGCGUCAUUUGCAGAUGUUCUGUGACCGUUCUCUGUGCGAAAGAGUUGUCCCGGGCAACAGGGUGCUCAUUCAAGGAAUCUAUUCAAUUCGCAAAGUCGGCAAGCCAAGCAGACAGGACGGUCGGGAAAAGGCUGUGAUUGGAGUGCGACAACCUUACAUGCGUGUGGUUGGCAUCACGGUCGACACUCAGGGCGUGGGUGCAAUCUCCCGGUACAGCAACAUUACCUCUGACGAAGAGGAUCAGUUCAGGCGAAUGGCUGCCAGCGAUGACAUCUACGAGCGUCUGUCGAAAUCUCUGGCCCCGAGUAUCUUUGGGUCGGAUGAAAUCAAGAAGGCAAUAACUUGUCUCCUCUUUGGAGGAGCUCGCAAACGGCUACCAGACGGUCUGAAUAGGAGAGGAGACAUCAACGUUCUGCUGCUUGGAGAUCCUGGUACAGCCAAGUCACAGCUUCUCAAAUUCGUCGAGAAGGUCUCGCCCAUAGGGGUAUACACCUCGGGUAAAGGUUCGAGUGCCGCGGGUCUGACUGCUUCCGUAAUGAGAGAUCCUGCAACGCGCAACUUUGUUAUGGAAGGAGGAGCAAUGGUCUUGGCUGAUGGUGGUGUUGUUUGCAUUGAUGAAUUCGAUAAGAUGAGAGAAGACGACAGAGUUGCAAUUCACGAAGCAAUGGAGCAACAGACAAUCUCGCUGGCCAAAGCCGGCAUCACCACAACCCUGAACUCUCGUUGUUCGGUGUUGGCCGCUGCCAACUCUAUAUUCGGACGCUGGGAUGAUACCAAAGGCGAGGAGAACAUCGAUUUCAUGCCAACUAUUUUGUCGCGUUUCGAUAUGAUCUUCAUUGUCAAAGAUAUCCACGACGAAGCUCGAGACAUAACCAUGGCUAAGCACAUCAUAAACGUCCAUCUCGCCUCGAAUAAGGGAGGUGCCGACAUCGAGGGGGAAAUCCCUCUGUCGGUGUUCAAAAAGUACAUCCACUAUUGUCGCACCCACUGUGGACCGAGGCUGAGUGAAGCGGCUGGGGAGAAGUUAAAGAGUCGUUACGUGCUGAUGCGAAGUGGUGCUGGGGCGCAGGAAAAGUCUGCUGACAAACGAAUGAGUAUUCCCAUUACCGUGCGUCAACUGGAGGCCAUUAUUAGGAUUUCCGAGUCACUGGCUAAAAUGCAGCUACAGCCUUUCGUUUCCGAUGCUCAUGUUAAUGAAGCACUACGGUUGUUCCAAGUUUCUACACUUGAUGCCGCCAUGACAGGAAGUCUAUCAGGAGCCGAAGGUUUCACCACAGAGGAGGACCAGGAAACUCUAAAUCGCAUUGAGAAACAAUUGAAGAAGCGUUUUGCUAUUGGAACUCAAGUCUCUCAACUGAGUAUUGUUCAGGACUUUGUACGUCAGAAGUACGAGGAACGUGCAGUAAUGAAGGUCAUCAAUACCAUGAUCCGCCGAGAGGAAAUUCAACAUCGUAUGCAGCGAAAAAUGUUGUACCGUAUUUCAUAAGUCAUAUUUUUGUUUGUUUUGUUUUUCAAAUAAAUAAACGUGUUAUUCCAUUUUUAAAA